UAGGAGCUGACUAAGACAAUCAGGCUUUCUGGGUUGUGUUGUGGAGGACGUCUGGGUGCCCUCUCUUGGCUUUCUUCAUCCGUGUGUCACUAAGUAAACUCAUUCAAAAUGACCGACGCGCAGUCAGAAGCGCGGUCCUAUCUCAGUGAAGAGAUGAUUGCUGAGUUCAAGGCCGCCUUUGACAUGUUUGACUCUGAUGGUGGUGGUGAUAUCAGCACCAAAGAGUUGGGUACUGUCAUGAAGAUUCUGGGCCAGAACCCAUCCAGAGAGGAGCUGGAUGCCAUCAUCGAGGAGGUAGAUGAGGAUGGCAGCGGCACCAUUGACUUUGAAGAGUUCUUGGUUAUGAUGGUGCGCCAGAUGAAAGAGGAUCAGGCCGGAAAGAGCGAGGAAGAGUUGUCAGAGUUCUUUAGAGUUUUUGACAAGAAUGGAGAUGGCUACAUUGACCGCGAAGAGCUCGGUGAAAUCAUCCGUUCCUCUGGUGAGAACGUGACAGAUGAAGAACUGGAUGAUUUGAUGGCCGAUGGAGACAAAAACAAUGACGGCAAGAUCGAUUUUGAUGAGUGGUUGAAGAUGAUGGAAAACAUACAGUAAUUUGCCAACAUUCCUCUACAACACAUCAGCGUAACCUUUUUUGUAACAAUUUGUGGUACAACACAACUGAAUAUUCACCCUUCAACAGAGAAGCCAUGCCAGCCGAGCCUCAAUGGAGUCAUGAAAGCCAUACAAGAACAGCAAAAUGAGAUCUGCAUUACUCAUCGCUGGAAGCCCUCUGCAUGUUUCCAGUUUCACCAGAGGAGCUGAACUGUGUGAACCAAAGGACAGAAAUGGUGUAACAUCUCAAGCACAGAACUUGUGUUAAAUAAAGUUUUUUUCAAAUUUUGUCUCAGGCA